CGCCGCCUGCGACGUCGCUCCCAUGGCAACCCAAGAGUCGGCUCGAUCCGGCGGGUCGGGAGCCGGCGGGCGGCCUGAUCUUAGGCGGCCCCGACGCUGAGCGCACAACUCCGGGUCGGUGGAGCCGCGAUGCCCAGUGAAACUCUCUGGGAAAUUGCAAAAGCCGAAGUGGAAAAACGUGGACGUGAAGGUGAUGGACUUGAAAUUGGAGAAAAAUCUGUUUUCUUCAUUGGCAGUAAAAAUGGGGGAAAGACUACUAUUAUUCUAAGGUGUCUUGACAGGGAUGAGCCACCAAAACCAACCUUAGCUUUGGAAUAUACAUAUGGAAGAAGAGCGAAAGGGCAUAAUAUACCAAAAGAUAUUGCUCACUUUUGGGAACUGGGUGGAGGAACCUCUUUAUUGGACUUAAUCAGCAUACCAAUCACAAGUGACAACUUAAGGACAUUUUCUAUUGUUCUUGUUUUGGAUCUUUCAAAACCUAAUGACCUUUGGCCCACUAUGGAAAAUCUGUUACAAGCCACAAAAAGCCAUGUAGACAAAAUGAUAAUGAAACUGGGGAAGACAAAUUCUAAAGCAGUUUCUGAAAUGAGACAGAAGAUCUGGAGUAAUAUGCAGAAGGACCAUCCAGACCGUGAAUUAGUUGACCCAUUUCUAAUACCUCUGGUCAUAAUUGGAAGUAAAUACGAUAUUUUUCAGGAUUUUGACUCUGAGAAGAGAAAGGUUAUAUGCAAGACACUUCGAUUUGUUGCACAUUAUUAUGGAGCAUCAUUAAUGUUUACCAGUAAAUCAGAAGCUCUAUUACUAAAAGUACGUGGAGUUAUCAACCAGUUAGCAUUUGGCAUUGACAAAAGCAAAUCAAUAUGUGUGGAUCAGAAUAAACCACUGUUUAUCACAGCAGGAUUGGAUUCUUUAAGUCAAAUAGGAUCUCCUCCUAUUCCUGAUAAUGACAUUGGAAAGCUUCACGCUCAUUCACCAAUGGAUUUGUGGAAAAAAGUGUAUGAAAGAGUCUUUCCACCAAAGAGCACCAACACACUGAAGCAUAUCAAAGACCCUGCAAGAGACCCUCAGUAUGCUGAAGGUGAAGUUGAUGAAAUGAGAAUUCAGAAGGAUCAGGAACUGGAACAAUACAAAAGAAGUUCUUCCAAGUCUUGGAAACAAAUUGAGCUUGAUUCUUGAACCUAAUUCAACUAUAGUGUAUUUAUUUCUUCUUUCCCAAAUACAAGUAAGUUUAUAAUUAGCAUAAUGGUAAUAAAUGAAGGAAGCAAAGAUUUGUAAUUUGUUAAAAGUGGCAUUUCUUGUAUUAAAGUGCAACUCCCUGGAUAAUUAGAAGUCUUUUAAAAGGGGGAAAAGUUGUAUAAUGACAUGCAGUAUUUUUUAAAAUAAAAACUCUUCUACCUUU